CAAUUACUAUCGCAGAGCCAUUUUUGCCUUGACAAUCUUUUAGCCCGAAUGAGGUUCUUUAGCUCAUUGUUGGAGCCGUUCCCCAGCCUAGUAUGUAACACAUCUGUGGAAUGCUGCUCCAUGGCUGCUUAAGAAGGUUCAGCUUCAAGGCAGUGAACCAGAGCCCCGCUCCCAGGUCUCACAGGGGACACGCAGGGCCACCGAGGAACCAUUUUUUACAGUCUAUGUGAGGAACCCAUCAGAACAAAUACAUACCAGUAACUGCCAUGCGUUAGGACUGGCUCCCUCAGCCAGCAUAUACCUGUCUGCAGACGAGUGCUUGUCCGGGAGAAGGGUGCCGACUGCCCGUAGAUCCACUGAGAACCACAGCACAUCAGCAAUGUGUCCUUGUUUCCAGUUCAAAGUCUUUUAAAAAAUAAUCUCUCCUACCUUCCUUUUAACUCACUGUGACGUCCUGUAUUGCUCUACUCAGUUGCUGAUUCUUUUUCCUAGCUUAAUUGUUUGAAAUACACUUUUAUUGCUCCUGUUGUUUUUUUCUUCCGGUUCGGACCAGUGAGAGGCUACCUGCUUUAGUAGGUUACCCACCUAAUGUUUUUUCAAAUUUUAUUGAUUCAUUUUAUGUGAAUAUGGCACCAUUAAGAGGGCAUUUAAGUCUGUAGGGAAUCUUUGCUUGGAUCCUCUGUCCACAGUUUACCUUCUUCCCAUUUACAGAUCUGUUUCGAGGAGGGAGAAGGUGCUCAAAAGAAAAUCAAGAAGUGUCAAGAAGAUGUUUGGCUGCGGUGGAAACGGAACAGGUCCCAGACCACACCUCUGUGUAGGCUGGAGAGGCAGCAGGGUGUGGGCAGUGUGCCACCAUGGCUAUAAAUGGCACAGGUUCAUUUCUGAGGGAACAGGUAAAACAAUCCACAUCUCUAACUGCCCGAUCUCUAUUUUUUCAUUACCCACAAUGUUUUCUCUCCCAUCAGGAAGCACACAUCCCUCAGGGUAUGUUGUGGAUCCGAACCAGCCCUCUAACACCCCCAUGACCUGCCCGGGGGGAGAACCUGAGGCACAAGGGGGUGGCAGCAGCCACGGUCACGAUCGGCAACAUGGCGAUGACCGUCGUCAGGGUGAUGACUGCCGUGACAAGAAAGAUCGUGAUGAACAAUGUCAUCGUGGGAGGGAUAGUGACGAUGAGUGUCAUCCCAGGAAGGAUUGUGAUGAUGGGCAUCGUCGCAGGAAGGAUUGUGAUGAUGAGCAUCGUCGCAGGAAGGAUUGUGAUGAUGAGCAUCGUCGCAGGAAGGAUUGUGAUGAUGAGCAUCGUCGCGAGAAGGAUUGUGAUGAUGAGCAUCGUCGCAGGAAGGAUUGUGAUGAUGAGCAUCGUCGCAGGAAGGAUUGUGAUGAUGAGCAUCGUCGCAGGAAGGAUUGUGAUGAUGAGCAUCGUCGCAAGAAGGAUUGUGAUGAUGAGCAUCAUCGCAAGAAGGAUUGUGAUGAUGAGCAUCAUCGCAAGAAGGAUUGUGAUGAUGAGCAUGGCCAUGGACGUGGGCGCGGUCAUGGCCAUGGCCAUGGACAUGGACGUGGUCGUGGGCAUGGGCAUGGCCAUGGUCACGGACAUGGGAAGCACGGUCGCGGUGGCAAACAUGGAGGGCAUUCUGGCAGCAGCAGCAGCAGCAGCAGCAGCAGUAGCAGUGACUAGAGCGACAACGACCUCUAGAGGACAGAAAGGGUACUGCUCCUCCUGAGGAUCAUCAAUAAUCAACUACUACUAUCCUUGUUUUCAAUUUUACUGAAGGUCAUUCAGCUUUCUAUACCUUGCCUAUGAAUUUUUUUUAACAGUUUUUCAUUUAGAAACAUGCUCAGAAUGUGAGAUUUUUUUUCCAUUCACAAUUUACAAAUAUGUGAUCUCCUUUCGUACUUGCAUGCAUAUAUUUUACCUAUAGAAACAUAAUAUACCCUAUGUAUAAACAAAAGUGUGCAGAAGAUUAGAAUGAAUGUUCAGAUCAACUGACUCUUUUAUUCAUUAAAAAUAUGCCAAUGAAAACUUUCAAUGUUUAUCCACUGGAAAAUAAAGUUGGAUAAAAUCUCCUCCCUUUCUUGGAGUGAUUAAGUGCAGAAGACAUAAAAACUGAAGGAAUCUUUUACUCAGUGAUAUUAAACUUUUAUGUGAUUGUU